AUGAUGAGAUGAUAACUUCUUCAGAAAAUUACAAUUCAAUUUGCGAUAAUUUCUUAUCACGUUAUCAGCACGAAGAUUCUCCACUGGGAUUAACCGGCAAUCCGCAUCAACAUCACGGAUUCAUCAAACAUCGUUUUUGGAUUCCGAACAUCUUCGUUCCUCAUAAUCCGGGAGCCAUAUCAACAUGGACACGAGCAUGGAAGGGCAAUGGGUCAAAGGUAAAUACGGAAGCUAUGAACGAACUCGGACACACGAGGUUUAUACGGAUUUCUUCUACCACGAAUGAAGAGAAGCGGACAUGGAUCGAGUUGAUAGCGAGGAUUGUACGGGAAAGAACGGUCACCUAGCUUGGAUUAUGUAACACUUGUAGAAUUAUUUUACCAUGAAUGUGGAUAAAUCAGUUAGUAAAUGUUAAACGUUUUGUGACUAAGUCUAUACGUAAGCAAUGUAUUUAGCAAAGUAAGAAAAAUUUUAAGGAUCGUUUUUCCGAUGCGU